CCCGCAUUGCAUCAGUCUUUCCAUCCCACCUUAAUCGUACUUCGAUUCCCCCGCAUGAUGACUCGCUUUCGCCCCUGUAUAGAUCUGCAUGCGGGCAGCGUCAAGCAAAUUGUCGGUGGCACGCUCAAUACCACCACGCCCGACGUCCUCAAAACGAACUGGACCUCCGAACACCCCUCCGCAUACUACGCCGACCUGUACAGGAAACAUGAAUUGGCAGGUGCACAUGUCAUAAUGCUGGGACCAGGGAAUGACGGAGCUGCACAAGAAGCAUUGGGAGCGUGGGAAGGAGGAAUGCAGGUUGGAGGAGGAAUCAACGAGAAGAAUGCAAAGGAAUGGGUUGAGAGAGGUGCUGAGAAGGUGAUCAUAACAUCGUACCUGUUCCCCGACUCCAAGUUCUCAAUGGACCGCCUACAAGCCGUCCUACAAGCCCUCGACAACGACAAAUCAAAACUCGUAAUCGAUCUUUCAUGUCGAAGAAAAGAUGACAAGUGGUUCGUCGCAACCAACAAAUGGCAGACUAUCACAGACUUUGAGUUGAAUCAGGAUUCCAUAGCCCUCCUCGAACCACACUGCGCUGAGUUCCUCAUCCACGCCGCCGACGUUGAAGGCCUCCAAAGCGGCAUCGACCAUGAGCUUGUUACCAAACUCGCCGAAUGGUGUAGUAUACCCGUCACCUAUGCAGGUGGCGGUCGCUCGCUUGAGGACCUCGAGUUGGUGAAGAAACUAAGCAACGGCAAGGUCGACCUUACGAUUGGGAGUGCGCUUGAUAUCUUUGGUGGCUCAGGAGUAAAGUUCGAGGACUGUGUCAAGUGGAAUGAGGAGCAGACAUGACUGUAGUGCCAUUGAGCAAGCAGUCACGCUUUUCUUUGGGCAUCUAGCAGCAAAAUUAGUCAGGCUGCACAAAAUGCAAGUGGAAUACCUAGCGCAGAUACUUUGAUUCCAUGCAUAUCAAAACAUUCCAUUCAAUGACGACUAGACUAGACUGUCUACUCGCAAUGCGAAAAAACUAGCUGCAAUAGCUAUGUAUCAACUCCGUCGAAAACCACCCUAUUCGUUUCCAUGAUGCUCUCAGAAAAGCCCCUACCCUCCAAAGCGCCUAGACUAGCGGAUGACGCCAAUGUGGAAAGGAAGAGGUCGCGAACUAAAUGCCUAAACUCAACCUCUCCAAUCUUGCAAUUAAUACAAUGCUGCAGAAAUAACAUUUUGAGAAGUAUCCAUCAAACCGAGCCGUCGGCGACGAAACUACUAUCUAUGGGGUAUUUAUUCUCCUUUCUUG